CAUGGUCUUUGUCUCUCCGACUUUCUCUGUCUAUCUGUUGAACGGCAGAGAUAUUGAGCUGUGUGGGGGGGUGAGAAAUUAAGACCCAGUUUUGGGGUGAGAAGAUUGGCCAGAAACAAUGGCGUUUUCUGGAAAAUCGGUACUUUUUCUGGCUGUUUUCAUGGCGUUUUCCGGCGUCUAUGGCCGUUAUUCAACAUGGUCGGACUUUUUGAGGAUGCCCCAAACGGAGGAUUCAGUUGGGACUAGAUGGGCUGUUCUUGUUGCUGGGUCUUCUGGUUAUGGAAAUUACAGGCACCAGGCUGAUAUUUGCCAUGCUUAUCAAACCAUGAUAAGGGGCGGACUGAAAGAAAAGAAUAUCGUUGUCUUCAUGUAUGAUGACAUUGCUUACAAUGAGGAAAAUCCUAGGCCUGGAGUCAUCAUUAACCGCCCUCAUGGUGAAGAUGUCUAUGCUGGUGUUCCGAAGGAUUAUGUUGGAGAUGAUGUUAAUGUUGACAAUCUCUUUGCUGUGAUCCUUGGGAAUAAGUCUGCUCUUACUGGGGGUAGUGGGAAGGUUGUGGAUAGCGGUCCUGAUGACCAUAUUUUCAUUUUUUAUUCAGACCAUGGUGGGGCUGGAGUGCUUGGGAUGCCCACAUAUCCUUAUCUUUACGCAGACGAUCUGGUAAAUGUGUUGAAGAAGAAGCAUGUGUCUGGUACCUAUAAAAGCUUGGUGUUCUAUCUUGAAGCUUGUGAAUCUGGGAGCAUCUUUGAGGGUCUUUUACCUGAAGGUCUAAACAUAUAUGCAACUACAGCUUCAAACGCCGUAGAGAGCAGUUGGGGAACCUACUGUCCUGAUGAUAGUCCUGAUUUUCCUCAAGAGUAUGAUACCUGUCUUGGAGACUUGUACAGUGUAAGCUGGAUGGAAGACAGUGACAUACAUAACUUGCAGUUCGAAACCCUGAAGCAGCAAUAUGAGCUGGUUAAGAUGCGGACUUCAAACUUUGAGACAUAUAUGUUUGGUUCCCAUGUCAUGCAAUAUGGGGAUUCUGGGCUUGGCAAAGAACAACUCGUCUUAUACAUGGGCAGCAACCCUGCAAAUGAUAAUUCCACCUUCAUCUCUCGCAAUGAGUUGCCUUCAUUCUCCAAAGCUGUUAAUCAAAGAGAUGCUGAUCUUGUUUAUUUCUGGAACAAGUAUCGGAAAUCUCCAGUUGGCUCUAUUAAGAAACGGAAUGCUCAGAAGGAGUUGUUUGAUGUGAUGGCUCAUCGGCUGCACCUGGAUAAUAGCAUUGAGCUCAUUGGGAAACUUCUCUUUGGUUCUGAGAAAGGACCUGAGAUCCUCAAGACUGUGCGCACCACGGGCCUCCCAUUAGUUGAUGACUGGGACUGCCUUAAGGCAAUGGUACGCACAUUUGAAACCAAGUGUGGGUCUAUCUCUCAGUAUGGCAUGAAACACAUGCGCUCCAUGGCAAACAUAUGCAAUGCAGGAAUCAGCAAGGAAGUGAUGGCUGAGGCCUCGGCAGAAGCUUGCACCAGGAUUCCCACCACCUCAUGAAGUUCUGUUUCUCAGGGUUACAGCACAUAGGCAUUUGCAGAACUGGUGUAUGCUUUUGCUGCACAUCAUUCUACUGUAUUUAUUGGACCCCAAUAUAUGGCUUUCCCUUUCACGUAAUGUUCCCAUGCAUGAGAGCUCUGUAAAUAUUUAUUUUAAUGCUUGUCUGAAAUGUAACCAGUAAGUGUGUUUGGCACUCUGUUCUUACCCAUAUCAUUAUGGGUCAUUCUGAAAUGCUGGUUUUUGAAGUCUAAUAUCUUUG